GCUGGGUGAGCUGUGAAAAAUACACAAUGGCAUCCUUCCUGUCCUGCAGCUUUUAAUUGAUCGUCAGAGCCCGUCCAGAGGACGCAAAAAUGUCCAGUGCAUGUAAGCUGCCAGUGUUGGAGGCGAUGGACAAGCAUCACUGUCUGGCCUGUGACACCAUUGUGGAAGGGCUUGACCUGUACAUUCUUCACAAAAGGCAAGACUGCCCUGCAUUACAGUUGGUCAGGAGUACCUUCAAUGUAAGUGCUAGUACUGCUUCAGUGCCAAACAAAGAAAUACCAGGUGAUGAUGGACGUGAUCAGACUGGGAUUUCAGACACUGACGGUUUGCAAGAUGACAACAGCCAAGAAAAGGGAUGCAAGGAAGCAGAGAGUGGUAAAGCUGCUGACACAGAAAGUCUCAUCACUUCCAGUGGCACACACAGUCUUCAUGCAGACAAAAACCUUCCAACAGCAGACCAUAGGUUGCCAAGUACAAGAAGUAAGACUAACAGACUUACAGUACAUAGUUCUGUAGGUUCUUCAAAUGUGACAAAGGCAGACGGUCAAGGUGAGGAAAGUCAGAACACAGAAAGUGAUGAACCAGUCAGUGUGGAUGUACAUAAUUCUGCUCGUCCUUGGGAAUGCUCAACAAUAGACCAAGGCUCAGAGUUGAGAGAUGAGCCAUUAAAAACAAGUAUUAAUUCCAAGCCUCAAGAGGAUGGAAAUAAGAAAGAAGGUUCAAAGGACCAACACUGGUGCAAUGUUUGCAAGAAGACAUACUUGUCAGCUGCAACACUUAACAGGCAUUUUAAGACUAGUAGCCACAAGUCCAUGGUUUCACAGGCUUCCUCUGAAAAUGGCUCAAAUGUAAAAUCAGGCUGUUUUCAUAGCCAAGCAAUUGAUGCCUCAGCUACAGGUAAUGGAACAAGAAUUUCUUCAAAGGAUGUUGAAAGUCAAGGGAGUGAAGAACACAUUACAAAACUAGCAGCUUCCUCAACUGCACCGAAGAGGAUUUCUAGACAGAGAAGAAAGAGAAAGUUACCAUCAGAGGGAAAUCCAGCACAGAACAGCCUCAGAAGAAAAAGAAAUUGUCUCAAUAAGAAGAUUGAUUUGGGAAAAAAAGGUGACUCUAAACAGCAGCAUUGUUGUGGUGAGUGUCCCUUUAAAAGUGCUUACAAGGCUUCCCUACGGAGACACUUAGAAACAUUUCACAGCCGUUACCUCUGUAGUCGCUGCAACAAAACGUUUGUGACAAGCGAGGACUGUACUGCCCACCAGAGGGAAGUCCAUGGUACUAUACAACGUAGAACUGGACAUGUGUGCAGUGAUUGUGAUGCCCAGUUUUCCACAGAAGAGGAUCUCAAUGUGCACAGACGGGAGAUGAGACACAUGCUGUACUGGGGAAGUACCUGUGUGUUCUGUGGGAAGACAGUAUCCAAAGGCCCAUGUUUGAAAGGACAUAUUCAGGCCGUUCACCUUGGAGAGAAGCCCCACAAGUGUCAGCACUGCUCCUAUUCCACAGCAUGGGCAACUGACCUCCGUAUGCACGUCAAGCGCCAUCUGAACAUCAAACCCUUCAAGUGUCCAGAGUGUGAUUACACGGCUGUCCGUAUGGUAGCAGUCAAAAGACACCUACAGAUGCAUGGGGAGGGCGAGCCAAGAAGGUUGUGUGACAUUUGUGGGAAGAGCUUUGCUGGAAAUUUGCAACGACACAUGACUCUCCAUGAGGGCCAUAAACCUUUUGAGUGCCCGUACAAUGCUUGCACCUAUGCUGCAACUUUCAAACAGGGAUUGACCAAUCACAUUCGUAGUGUUCACAGGGCAGAGAAGAGUAUCGUGUGUGAGCAGUGUGGCUUUGCAACCACCACAGUAAAGCUGAUGAAGUGGCACAUACGGAGGAAGCACAGUGCAGAGAAACCACACAAGUGUGACCAGUGCAGCUAUGCCACCUCCUGGCAGCCUCACCUCAUCAGGCACAAGCGUACACACACAGGAGAGAAGCCUUACAACUGUCCUCACUGCUCCUACCGUGCCAACAAUGUGGAGAACCUGCGCAAGCACAUUCUCAAGACUAAGAAACACGAGGGGCUGAAGCAGUACGUGUGUAAGUGGUGUCCUUACAACACCAACAGUCAGCACGACUUCUCCCACCACCUCAGGAACAAGCACCCCGGGGAAGACCUGGGAGUCAGGCCAACGUUUGUACUGGGGAUCAAUCGAGGGGCUGCCAAAAUGAAGUCUGUUCGCAGCCAGGAUAAGUUAGGCCAUUUAGCCACCGCUUCAGUAGUACAGUUGGAGCAUGAUGAGAAUAAUUCUACAGGAGGGCAGGGUACCCUCCCAGAUAUUUUGGCAUCACAAGACAAGUUGCAAUAUCUGGUGGAAGAAACAAAAAUUAUCUCUGAUAAUGGUGAAGGGGGAAAAUAAACUUGAGUUGACAGCAACCUUGAAGACCUUUUGUUUACAAAGUUAAUUAUCAUUCAUAAGAGCUAUCAGCUAUCUGUUUUCUUUACUUACAGAAGAUUUGAACAUAAUUUUUUUAAGUUUGGCAGGAAUAAAAAGUGACUCUUAAAUAUAGUCAAGUUUUGCUCUAUCAUAAUAUUUCAUUGUGUAUGAUGGAAAUGGACUGAUACAAAUGUAGCUAGCUUCCUUGUUUGUGAUCCUACCUGCAACAUGUAUAAUAUAUAUGUAUAUAUCCAUAAUAAAUUCAUGGAGAAACAUUCAGUGAACCACUUACUUUUCCAUGUCUGAUCAAUGAGUACAUUGUGUAUUUAAGAUCCGGACAUACGCUGUAUCGUGUAAUCAUGUGUAGUGCAGUAUGGAUCUCUUAUA